GGAAGAAGGAAGUACUGAUGUUUUGUUGUUUAUUUAUUUUAAAACUUAAAUAACUUGCAUUUAAAUAAAGUUUUUUGAGUUAUGUCAGUAAUCUCGAAACAUGCGAACAUCAAAGCCUGUUGUCUGGGUUCUCGAAAAAAAUCAGUAGAAAAGGUUGGAAAAAGUACAGUGACCUCUGACCUGAAACCAUGUGAACGGAAACCUGUAAGAUAAAGAUGAAAGGUGAAAAAAGACUUGAUUGGUGUACACAAUGCUUUGAAACAGUGAUUGACAGUGAUACCAAAGAAGCAGACAUGCCUACAUGAUCUAACUGAUAGAAUGAUUGACAGUGAUACCAAAGCAGCAGACACGCCUACAUGAUGUAACUAGGAGAAUGAUUGACAGUGAUACCAAAGGAACAGACACACCUACAUGAUCUAACUGAUAGAAUGAUUGACAAUGGUACUAAAGGAGCAGACACGCCUACAUGAUGUAACUAGCAGAAUGAUUGACAGUGAUACCAAAGGAACAGACACACCUACAUGAUCUAACUGAUAGAAUGAUUGACAAUGGUACUAAAGGAGCAGACACGCCUACAUGGUUUAACUGAUGAAAAAAGACUAGAUUGGUGUACUCAUUGCUUUGACACAGUAAUGGACAGUGAUGCCGAAGGAGCACACACGCCUACAUGAUGUAACUAGCAGAAUAAUUGACAGUGAUGCCUAAGAAGCAGACACAUCCACAUGAUCUCUUUGGUAGAAUGUCCAGUCUGUUGACAGACAUUUUAAUUGAUGUAAUGAAUACAGUGUAUUUGAUUACUGCUCGGGCUCAAUUGAAUCCUCCAUGGUAUUGUUUAAUCCUGUGUGUCCUAUCAGUAUCAUGGUUACUGAAAGUGUGUCCUGCUUCCAUAAGAAGAUAUCUGAUUUGUUCUGUUCACUCAGUUUUACUGUAGUCAUCAACUUCACAAAGAAAACUGAAACAGAUGUCUAACAUGUAUAUUUAUUUACAAUUUCAGUCAUGACACAUUGAGGAAGAAAGUAAAAAAGCACUUGCUGUCAAGUAAAUGUCAGUUUAAUCUUUCAGCCAAGUAGAAAAUCAUCACAAAGAUGGACAGCACAUUACAAUUGAAUGAAGAGCAAUAUCAUUAUAUGAAUACUAUAGUCAUUUGAAUGUUGUACCUCAUGUGCACUUAGUCAUAGAAUGUACUUAGCCAUAGACUGUACUUAGUCAUAGACUGUACUUGGCCAUAGACUGUCGAGCAGUGUCAACAAUAUUGUCCAUUGAAGCUUUUACCCUAGCUUUACAUAGUUGCAAACUAUGGAGAAAUUCCAUUGUCAGUUAAAUAUUUUACCUCAAAAGUUCAUAUUUAAACAGUUAUCUUAAGAUAUUAUUCUGGUUGCGAUUACUAAAACUUCAAGCUUAUGGCCAAAUGGUGUGUACAGCUGCAGCAUGAUUACUUGUGAAGUGAAUUUUGUGAGAAAGUAAGACUUCAUCAAAAGAGAAAUGGGCUGGUUGUGAUUCUGCGAGAACAUAUAAUGAACUGUAUGAGCAUCAGGUGAAGAUAUCAAACUGUGUUGCUCCUCACUGUGCUGUUCUUCAAAUCAUUGACUGAACACCCAAGUCCAGAAGAUCACACACAAGAUGCAGUUGAGAAAACAGGAGCGUGUCUGUGAGAAGGAUCUUCCUUAUGGGUGUCCUGUUUGUGGGAAGCAGUUUGCCACAUCUGCAGGGCUUAAAAUCCACUCCCGGUGUCACAACAUUGCACAGGCCAAGGUGUCCCAGCGAGGGAUAUCCUUGAAACAGUGCAAAUCAAGAACAUUUGUCUGUAGCGAGUACGGGAAAAGAUUCUUUCAAUCCAGUAACCUCAAUAUGUGCUUGAAGGUUCAAAAAGGAACUACACUUUACCAAUGUGAAGCCUGUGAGAAGCAGUUUGCUAUUAAAAGUGACUUUGUGAAACAUCUUGAAGUACAUUGCUUGGAGAAAGAAACAAAUACGAAGGCUGAUUGUGACAAGAAGUUGAAAUGUGAAAUGGGCACAGAUGUCACUUGUGAUAAAAAGCUAAAAUGUGAAACUGACUCUGGUUGUACUAAAAAGUUUAAAUGUGAAACCAACACAAAUGUUGAUUUUGAUAGACAAUCAAAAUGUGAAACCAUCUUUAACCCUGGUCGUAGUAAGGUUUCUGACUGUGAAACUAACAUUACCUCUGGGUGUGAUGAGGGAGCAAAAUGUAAAUCUGAGAUUAGCUCUGGUUGUGAUAAACAGUUGAAAUGUAAGCACUGUGACAAGAUGUUUACAAAAUCUAUUAACUAUGAGAUGCAUUUAAAGAGUCAUGUGAAGAGUCCGAUCCAUUGCCACAUGUGUGGAAAAUCAUUCAAGGAAGCGCAGUAUCUGUCUGUGCACAUGCGCGUUCAUACCGGAGAUAAACCCUACACGUGUCAGGUCUGUAACAAGUCUUUCUCGCAGUUCGGUAACUACUCCACGCAUCUGAGAACCCACUCUGGAGAGAAACCUUUCAGCUGUGAUCUCUGCCACAAGACGUUCACGUGUUCUGGAAACCGAGACUCACACCGCCGCAUUCACACUGGAGAAAAACCAUUCAUGUGUGACAUUUGUGGCCUUUCGUUCGCUAGACCUAAUUCCUUGAAGAUGCAUCGAAACCUGCACAUGGGUGAACGUCCGUACCAGUGUGACCAGUGCGACAAAGCGUUUGUGUCGUCAGGCAAGCUGGUUGAUCACAAGAGAACACACAGCGGGGAGAAGCCUUACUCGUGUGAAAUCUGCGGCUUACGCUUCGCGAUCGUGAACACGUUCAGGCGACACAAGAGGAUCCACACAGGACAGAAACCACAUGCGUGCAUUCACUGUGGCAAGCGGUUCUACAGACGUGAGGGACUGCGCAGUCAUCUGAAGACACACACCGGUCAGACGUCGUCACGUAAUACUUUGGACAAAAUUCCAAAUGAUACACUACUCCUAUACACCACCCAGAAGUCAUCAUGUAAUGCUUCAGACGAAAUUCCAAAUCAUACAGUACUGAUCCAUUCCACCCAAGAGUCAUCACCUAAAGCUUCAGAUACUUGUUCAGUUCCAAUGCAGACACUCCCGAUGUCUCGGGAUUAUUACAGAGUCACUAAGAUCGGUGACUGGACGAGGCAUAAUUCUAUGAAAGCACAUCAUUUAAGAGAAGAAACAGGUCAAAACGAACCAGUUUCUUUUGAAGUAGGAGAUAAUAUAAUGUAUAAGGAGCCUAUUGAAAUAGAUAGUACAAUAAACGAUGGUACACUGUUUAGGGAGCCCACUGAUGGUACAGUGUAUAGAGAACAUAGUAAUGGCACAGUUUAUAGAGAACCUACUAAUUGUACAGUGUAUAGGAACACCGCUGAUAGUACAGUAUAUAGGGAAUCAGUUGAUAGUACAGUGUAUAGGGAACCCAUUGAAUGCAGGGAAUCUACUAACAGUUCAGUGUACAGAAACAGUACUGAUAGAGCUGUGUAUAGGGAGUCCACUGAUCGCACGGAAUAUAGGGAAUCCUUUGGUGGAAUAGACAGUUCAUUAUGCAGGAAACAUUCUGGUGUAGAUGCUACAAUGUACAGACAGCCUGUUGAUGUAGCGGAUAAUACAGGUUAUAGGGAACCUGCUAACGUUCUUGAAGAUGGUACAUUAUAUAGUUAUUCAUCAAAACAAUUAAUGCCAAUGAUGUAUGACACACAUGACUGUGACAAGAGUAGACGGUAUGAUGCCUGUCCAUAUGGCAACUCUAAAAUGCUUGCAGGUUGUGAUUCAGAAGAGUUGGUUGACAAGUAUGACAGACUCAUUACUGCCAGUGUCCCACACAAAACUCUUUCUUAUACUUUUGUUAAGAUGAGUUCAGGAUUAGGUUGUCCUGUGGAAGAUCAGAACGUGCCUUCUGGUUUGCAGGUUGUCUCCAAGCAAAAGGUGGAAAAAACUGAAGCAAGAUCUGCCAGUCAUUCAUUUCAUGUUCCCAGUACAACACAUACACCUAAUGCUACAGAAAGUGAUGACCACUGUGAUUUUCAGAGCACUGCGACUGAAAAUGACAGCAGUUGUCAUGGAUAUAUUUAUGACAUACCAAAUACAGACAUUGAAUGUGAUUCUAACUCAAGAAAUAUUAGCACAGGUUUUCAGUCCUCAUUGAGACCUUUAGAACCAUUGGGGUCAGUGUGUCUUCCACAAAAUCUUACCUCAGCAUUCUUGACCCCAGAGUCUGUCGGUCUUCCAAAGUAUUCUUUCACUCCUGUCUCACCAGUUAUAGAGGCAUCACAAGAUGUGUUAGCAGUGAAUCAUCUUCCUCGUGCUGGAACAGUCUGUUUCAGUGCAGAGUCUUUGCAGCAAUCUCAGGAUCGAAGCAUUGCUGGCGUUCAUUCAGGUGGAAGUCAAACUGACAACAAGUAUUACGAUAACCAAGCCUUGAUUGUAUUUCCAGAGGUGAAAAACAGUAUUUUUACAAUGUCCGUUUCAAGUGAUAGUGAUGCAGCAUGUAUCAAAGAGUGUAAAUCGAAACCUCCAGGGCCUGGUGAAUCAGAGCCUCCAGGAUCAGGUAACCCAGAACUUCCAAGAACAGGUGAUUCAGAUCAUCCAGAGGAAGGUAAAUCAGAAGCACUAGCUAACAUGUGCACCUGCUGUCCUGGUGUUAAGUCUGUUCAGACUGGUAGUUUGGAUGCCAUGAGUAUAAAGUAUUCCCACACACCAACUAGUGGUGCUCACUGCAUCUUGAAUUCUAUUAAUGAUGGGUCCAGCAUUAGCAAUUGCAACAGUUCUGGAAAUAACAUCUAUUGCGACGGUAUCAAAUACAACUGUGGUAAAAAUCCUGUUAAUAUCAGUUAUAGUAAUGGACACACUCCUGACAGUGAUAAUGGUUCUAAUACUUGUAACAGUCCUAUGAACGAUAACACUUCUAGGAAUGGCAGUGUGGUCACAAGAGAGUUUCAUAUGUGUCAUAUGGCUAUUUCCCAGCAGGAAGAUCACCAUGGAAGUGAGACACACAUGGUAGUUUCUCCUAAAACGAGCUACUGUAGUAAUGAUGCCAAGAUCGAAAUCACAGGUUGUUACAGGACAAAAGUGACCACUGGACAGGAUGGCAGUAAACAGUAUGUCUGUGAAGAAGUUGAUUAUUGUACAAACAAUAAAUUUCGGAAACCAUAUGAUAAUAUGUCUGAUAAGCAGUAUGAUAGUAUGAAUGAUAAACAGUAUGUUGGCGUGAAUAACAAGCAGCUUAUUGAUACAAAUGAUAAACAGUAUCUUGCUAUGGAUGAUACACCUUUCAGUGAUUCGGAUGGAGAUGGACAGUGUGGCGAUAUAGAUCAUGAGCAGUUUAUGAAUGAUGAUCAUAACUAUGGCUUUGAUCAAGCAGGUGGUCUUAGAGGUGGUAAACAGAAGAGCACACCAUUGUUUGGGAAGAAGGUUUCUUCUAGUGAAUCGCACAAGGAAUGUGAAAAUGAUCCAGCACUGUUGAAUGAUUUUGUAGAGAAAACAAUUUCAAAGAGAGAGUGGGACAUUUCUGAUUGUGCGAAAAAUAGUACACUAGUUUGUACUAAGACUAGAAGAACCAGUCUAGCCGAGAAUAAUGCCCUGGACUCGAGUAGAAAAAACUGUGUAGUUGAUAAUAAUACAAUGGAUGCUUGUAGAAGAACCAGUCUAGCCGAGAAUAAUGCCCUGGACUCGAGUAGAAAAAACUGUGUAGUUGAUAAUAAUACAAUGGAUGCUUGUAGAAGAACCAGUCUAGCCGAGAAUAAUGCCCUGGGUUCGAGUAGAAAAAACAAUGUAGUUGAUAAUAAUACAAUGGAUGCUUGUAGAAAAAACAGUCUAGCAGAGAACUAUAAGGUGUUUAGUCAUGAAGGAACCAGCCAUGUUGAGAGUAUGGUUUCUAGAAGGGCGUCAGAGAAGCUGUUUAGUUCGAACCUUUUAAAAAAAAUUUCUCCUAGUAUAACAGAUAAGCUGAUUAAAACAAAGCAUGUUAAUGCAGGUAGUGUUAAACCAAGUAGUCCCUCUAAAACAAGAAGAGCUAAUGGUGGUGAGCGAGCAGUUACAGGAACUGAGAAUGUUGAGGACUUGCACAGAAAAAAUUCUAACUUGUUGAGAUCUAGUGGAAUACAGGAAAGUUCAUCUCUCUCUGCUGUGGACUCUACUCAAUGCUGUAGAGUGUCAAGCCAUCCAUUUUGUGUAGAUAGUCACUCAGAAGAGAAUUGCAACUCAGCACAGCGUGGUGAUUUCAAUGGAUUAAAGUUUAACAAGUCCAUUAGCACAGAUUGUUACCAUUCAUCUUUGGGUAAAUAUUUGAAAAAUUCACUAUUGUGCCAAGAGGAUAGUUGUAGUAGUCUUGUGAAUAUGAGUAAACUAUUAACAACAGAGAAGGGACCCGUUAAACAAGUUACUCAAGACGAAAGGAUAUUGUUUAAAAUGAAUACUUGUGGUUCAGUUUUAUCUACAACAACAGAUGGAAUGCCUGACAUUCCAAAUGAUGUUUCUGUCAAAGCUGAUAAUGGCAUGAGUUGUAAUACAGCUGUUUCCACAAAUGCAGAUGUUGGUAAACUUGAUGCUGGCAGCAAUGUUUUUGUGAAAGUCUGUGCUGAGUUAAGUGGUGAUUGUGUUCUAUCCACAGACACAGAUGUUAUGAAACCAGAUGCUGGAAGUGAUGUCACUGUGAAGCUUGACAGUAGGAUGAUGAUGAUCAGCAGCAGCAGUAGCAGCACUGUAAAGACUGGCAUGAAGUGUGCUGUUUGUAAGACUGUCUUUGUGAACCGUGUCUCGUUGGACGAGCACAUCAGACAGAAUCCACAGCACGUGAUCAAGUGUCAGGUGUGCGGCAAAGAGUUCACCGACCAGCAGAACCUCAAGAUGCAUUCGCGCGUCCACACCCACGAGAGACCAUACGAAUGCGAGGAGUGCGGCAAACGCUUCACUCAGUCGGGCAACUACGUCACGCACAUGCGCAUCCAUACGGGAGACAAGCCUUAUCUGUGCGUCGUGUGCAAGAAGGGCUUCACGUCGUCGGGAAACCGCGACUCUCACCAGAAAAUCCACACUGGAGACCGGCCAUACAUGUGCGACAUCUGCGGGGAGAAGUUCUCCAGACCCAGCUCGCUAAAGACUCACCGGCGUACUCACACCGGGGAGCGACCGUACCGCUGUGACUUGUGUGACAAAGGUUUUGUUUCAUCUGGCAAGCUGGCAGACCACCGCAGAAUCCACACUGGGGAGAAGCCGUACGUUUGUGAGGUUUGUGGUUUGAGCUUCGCGAUCGUCAACACCUUCCGGCGCCACAAGAGAAUCCACUCUGGAGAACGACCUCACACAUGUGUCGUGUGCUCCAAGUCGUUCGUCAGGCUUGAGGGCUUGAGGAGUCACCAGAAAACACACAGCAAGGAUAAACAGAAUACGCUUUCGACAACCAGCGCUGCGGUCGUGUUUCACGAAAAUCCUGAUGAUAUUCUGGUUAAUGUAAACAAUGGAGAACAGACAAAAGCCCUCUGUGUCAUAGAGACUGAUUCAAAGAGAAACACAAGUAGUUUGACAAUUUAUACAAACAGCGUGAAUAGUGUGACAGAUGGUAAAAAUGUGCUUGAUGGAUACCCUUCGCCGACUGUUCCAGAGUUUAAGCAUCCACAAAUAGUGAUUGAUAGUGUGCUUAAUGUGCCCCACACUACCGAGUCUCACAGAAGUCGAGACUGUGGUGGUGUGGAUAACCGAGACUUGUAUUUCUACAAUGAGAACAUUGGUAAUGUCAUGGGCACAUUUGUGUAUCCUCACGCCCAACAUUAAUGUCCUAAUCUAAUUUAUAACUCUGGGGCUGGGUGUGCUAGGAGUGAUUGAUACGUCUGUGGCUUAAGGUAGUAGUAGUUAGUUAUUUUUCUACAUAAUCCCCUUGUACAUUAGCACACUUAGUCCGGUGGUCAUGGAGCAUACGGAUCCCUUCCCUAUAGGAGGUCGCAUCUUGGACCUCCGGGUGUUAAGCACUUGAGACUGAGGUAACGAAUGAAUGCACGAUGGCUAAUUUUUCCCCCACAUUUUCACGAUUUAAUUCUCAGGAACUGCUGAGUGUCAAUGUUUGAUUAUGUGUAAGAGAAAAACAAUAAAAGAUAAUCACUUCAAA